UAAUCGUGAAGCUAGAACUAGAAGCAGUACGGUUUGCUCGACGGUGGACACUCGCCAUGAUACGAUGAUAUUAAAUAUCCGUCCGGUGGCUGUUUUAGGCCUUUGAAUUCCACCCACAUUUCCCGUAGCCGUUCCUUCACCAUUUUCUAUCAGUGAGUUUCAUCUUCUAGUCCUUCUCUUUCAUUCACUAAUUUUUCCCUUCUUGUUUUAUUUUAUAUUUUGCUUUUAGUAGAAAUUUUCUCAAAGUUUUGAGAAGAUAAGUGAUAGGGAAGAGCCCUAGUUUAACACACUGCCUGGGAUGAAGUGGAUUGUCCUUUGACCAAAUAAAAUGGAAUGUGAAAGGACUUUAUUUCUCUUCCCUUGACCGACCUCCUACCGUACUUCCAGCUUUCACCGUCCACAGUAUUGCCGCCGACGAAGACUGGUUCUUGUAUCCAAUUGGGGCUACCUGAAAGGAAAAAGAAGAGACUUCGGCUAUUCAAGCUCUAUGUCGCCCAACCCCAUCAGCAACCCAACCACUGAGCAGAGGUCCAACAAAGGCACCACCAAGACAGGUACUCACAGCCAGACCUUCACUUAAAAUAUUGACAAAACCUCUUAAAUAAGAGAGCUAGAUGCAGAAAAAUCAAACAACAGAUUAUAGCAAGGAAGAGCAACAGAGAUGAAGCAAAAUUAGGUCACAGGAAGGGGGAAUUAGAAGGUCACGGGAAGCAGAGUUUCCUUUCAUUUCUCUUUCUUGGUCUUUUACCAUACUGCCAAUGUGGCAGCGUGUGGCCGGUGUGUUAAAGAGGGCUUGAGAAUAGAAUUUUAGCAGGUUGAGAAACCUCCUGGUUCAGAUCUCUGAUCUGAUUCUUAUCUUAAGUGAUUUCUUUGUUGCAGAAGUAUAAAGACGUAAUAUGGGUAUCCAGAUGCAAUCCAUCUUCUUUCCAAAGUUACUUUCUCUAUCAUCCAUUCGUGUUGUCAAUUCUUUCCUCUUGUGUCCAAAUUGUCUCACCGGCCAUUUGAAAUACAAGUUCUUUAGUUCCUCAAAUUAUUCGAUGAGAAAUAAGGUUGUCAGAGAAUUUAGUUUAAGAGCACUUGACAAUAAGAGAUUGAUUACCGAGUGUCCAAAUGGUCCUGAAAAUGGAAAGGAGCUAUCUGGUGAGCUAUACAACCAGAUAAUAUGUGCUUGUUGCAGAGCAGGAGAUAUUGAUAGGGCUAUGGCGCUUCUUUCUCAAAUGGAGGCUCUGGGCUUUCAUCCAAACUUGAUAUCCUACACUCGUUUAAUUGAAGCUCUUGGAAUUAUUGGUCGGACUUCAGAAGCUGAAGCAGUCUUUCAAGAAAUUGUAUGUUACGGGUUUAAACCAAGAGUGAAAAUGUACAAUGUUUUGCUUAGAAUUUUCUUAAAGAAAGGCCUCCUAGGAGUUGCUGUUAAGGUCUUAGACAAAAUGGACAAUUUGGGUAUUGAAAGGAAUCAAGAAACAUAUGAGGUUCUUGUGGCUUACUAUGUAAAUGCUGGGCGGUUGGAAGAUACCUGGGCAAUAAUCAAUGAAAUGAAGCGCAGGAGGUUUCAACUGAGCUCAUUUGUGUAUAGCAAGGUUAUUGGUCUUUACAGGGAUAAUGGGAUGUGGAAGAAAGCAGUGGGCAUUAUGGAAGAGAUUAGGGAGAUGGGGAUGUCAUUAGAUAAGCAGAUAUGUAAUAGCAUUAUAGAUACCUUUGGGAAAUAUGGUCAAUUAGAUGAAGCGUUGGAAGUUUUUGAGAAAAUGAAACAAGAAGGUGUAAGACCUGAUAUAACAACAUGGAACUCUUUAAUUCGUUGGCAUUGUAAGGCUGGGGAUCUACCUAAGGCCCUUGAGUUUUUCACUGAAAUGCAAGAACAGGGGCUAUAUCCUGACCCAAAGGUCUUCCUUAGGAUUAUUAGCUGUUUGGGAGAGCAGGGAAAGUGGGAUGUGAUGAAGAAGAUUUUUGAGACAAUGAAAUACAGAGGACACAAAAAAAGUGGUGCCAUUUAUGCAGUUUUAGUUGAUAUUUAUGGGCAAUAUGGGAGAUUUCAAGAAGCUGAGCAGUGCAUAUCUGCUCUGAAGUCAGAAGGUGUUCAACUUUCUGCAAGCAUGUUUUGUAUCUUAGCAAAUGCUUAUGCUCAGCAGGGAUUAUGUGAACAGACACUAAAGGUGCUUGAAGUCAUGGAAGCAGAGGGAAUUGAGCCAAAUAUUAUAAUGCUGAAUGUGUUGAUCAAUGCAUUUGGUGUUGCUGGGAGACACAUGGAGGCAUUAUCCAUUUAUGAUUAUAUGAGAGAAAGUGGUAUUAAUCCUGAUGUCAUUACUUAUAGUACGCUUAUGAAGGCAUGCAUUAGAGCAAGGAAAUUUGAUGAGGUAAGGUUCCUGAAAUAUACAAGGAAAUGGAAUAUGCUGGAUGUACUCCGGAUAGGAAGGCUAGAGAGAUGUUACAAGCUGCUCUAAUGGUCGUUGAACAGAGACAUUACAAGUACUAGAUCAGUCUGGAAUUUAGGGUGGUUCAUUGUGCUGAUGUUUGGCAAGUUGUGGAUAACUAUGAUAAUCGAGAUGGCAAGGGAUACUCCUUUUAAUCAUAAUCCUUGUGCAAAAGGAAUAAAUAUUGCCUGAGCUGAGAUGGACUGGGGGGGUUUUGACGCUUGGUACAGUAAACUUCAAAUAUUGACCCUGGGAUAUCAAGGCUUUUUACACAGUUGGGCUUGUUCUGAAUCUUUCUUAGUAGCGGAAACAACUGGCAAAGGAUGCUCCAGGCAGCAGCAGGAAUUUUUGAGGUGGAGGGUCUUUGGAUGAAUUGUUCCAUCUCUGGAAUUAUCAUAUUUGCCGGCGGUCACUAAGGGUGGUUCUAGGGGCCUUCUUUCGACCAUCCAUGUAUCACCUUGCAAUUUUUAGUCAGAAACCUUGGGCCUUAAGCCAACACCAUUGUUUUUUUUUUUAGGCCCAUGUAGAAUUAGUACGAGAACUACUAUGAUGCAUGGUCAUAUAUGUUUGCCUGCGAUUAUCUGGGGCAAAUUUGCAGACACAGUGCAGAUUGAAAUGUUAGAUGGUCUAGAGUGAUUAUUUCAAAAACAGAGAAUUGGAAGUGUCCAAAAGAUCAGAUUGAGUAGGUGAGUGAUAGACUAGCGCAUGCUCAAAUAAAUCUACAUGUUUAUUUCAACAAGAUUUUCAGCUUAUUCCUGCAUCAGCUUUUUAAAUCAGUGGGCUUAGAGAAACCCGAAGGCAUGGGCAAUAGAUGUGCUGAUUAGUCUCUUCAAAGCAGUUUUUGUUAAAUCAAUGGAAAUUGUAUAGAUUUGUCUUAUACCCCCAUAUAAACUCC